AGAUCUCCGCUUUCAGUUGACGUGCGAAGCGUGAGGCGGCUUUAACAGCUUAUCCAACCAGAAGCGGUGCUAGUUAUUUGGCCCUAGCUAGAACGGCCAAAGUGGCAGUAGUGCGUGGGUGUGUUUGUGCGCAAAAGUGUAAAAUUAUAAUUUUUUAAGUUGAAAAUUUGAAAAAAUUAAUUAGUUAUUCGCAAAUAUAAAAAGUGCUUACAUGCAGUGAAGAUAUUUUUGUUAAAAAAUAAUAAAUUAUUUUUGAAAUUGCUGAAUUUGCUAAGUUUGUGCUAGUGAUUUUUGAUAGCCAUAUUUAAUUAUAGUUGCUUUAAAUAAAAUUAAUUCGUGAGAGAAAUAGCUCGCUGAUUGUGCUAAAAAAAAGUGUGUGAUUUGUUGAAAAAUCGCUAAAAUAAUUAAUAUUAAAUAAUUUAAUACGUAAAAUAAAAAUAAAAUUUCAAAAUGGAUAAUCCAGCUUAUAUACAAGACUUGGAAACUGAUUUUGGCAAAAAGCAGCAUGACAAAUCACAAGUGGCCUCACACACCUACGAGGAGGCGCUGACGCUGACCGGUGUCGGACGUUUCCACUAUACAUUGAUGCUGAUUUGCGGCAUUUGCUUCAUGGCAGUGAUGGCCGAAACGAUGGGCAUUGGCAUGGUAAUGCCGAUGAUAAAAUGUGAUUUGGCAGCAACACAAGCUGAGCAGGGCCUACUCGCGUCCGCCGGUUACUUCGGCAUUGUGCUAAGUUCGCAUAUAAUGGGCUUUCUGGCGGACACCUGCGGUCGUGUACGUACGUUGCGCUAUUCGUUAUUGCUGGCCGCCGUAGCGACCAUCAUUUCGGCCUUCUCCGUCAACACUUGGAUGUUGAUCGCAUUCCGUUUCCUCAAUGGUUUCUUCAUUUCUGGCUGUCAGGCGUGUGUCUUCAGCCUGUGUGGCGAGUAUCAUAGUAAUAGAACGCGCGUACGCUAUGUGACGCUGUUGGCGAUCUUCUUGCCAUUUGCGCUCAUGUUUUUGCCAGCCAUGGGUCUUGUCAUACUGCCGUUGAAACUAGAUUUCGUCCUAUUGGGCGUGAAAUUCGCUUCGUGGCGUGCCUUCUUUUUGGUCAAUACCCUGCUAUCGGUUUUGGGCUUGAUAGGCUUGGCUACAUUACCCGAAGCACCGAAAUAUUUGUUGGUACAUGGAGAGCACGAUGCUUCUUUGGCCAUUCUCCGUCAUAUUUAUGCUAAAAAUUCUGGUGAUAAGCCAGAUAACUUCCCAGUGAAGAGUAUUGUGUUGCAAACCGGUGGCGCUGAUCUGUCAAAUAUUCAUGGUGUUAAGGAUGCAUUGAAAUUGAUCUGGAGCCAAACGACACCGCUGUUUUAUAAGGAACGCAUUUUGCACACAUUUAAUAUAUGUUUUUCGCUGUUCUCGGUUUACGGUAUUUCUCAAGGAUUAUUCAUGUGGUUCCCUACAGUGCUCAACGAGCUCAUCGCCAAAAAUGGUCAAGAUCUCAAGAUAUGCAGCGUAAUUGGUGGCAUUGAUAUGACAACAACGGGGGCGAGCACUGAUUGCAGCAACGUCUUGGACACCUUUAUGUUCCAAGUGCUGAUAAUGAUUGGUGCCGUAUUUACGCUUGUCUUUGUAGUAUUCGCCUACACCAUCGAUAUAUUGGGCAAGGUCAACUUGUUGAUGAUUUGGCUGGUGGUGUCCUGCGUUUGUGCGGCCGUCGCACAUUGGAUUUCGGACUUUGCCGCCGCUGUGGUCGUCUUAACGCUGCUCAUGAGUGUUGGUAAUUGUGGUGGUGUCAUCGGCACCAUUGCGAUUGAGUUCUAUCCCACACAGAUCAAUGCGAUGGGUAUGUGCUUUGCUAUGAUGAUUGGUCGUCUGGGCUCUGUGGCCGGUGGUAAUAUCGUUGCAAUGGUCCUAUUCAAUCAUUGUGACAUUCUGUUUUGGGGCAUGACGGCACUUACCGCGGUACUAAUCGCUUUGGCCGCCGUCCUGCCGGAGCGUAAACGUGAGCGCGUGGUUAAAAAUAGUGUGGCGAAAUGAGAGAGUGUGAUUAAAUAGAUAUUGGCUAUUUAACCACUUCCAUUUCUACUUAAGUAUUAAUUAAAUAGUUACGAUCAUGAUCAAAUUUAAACGAAAUAAAUGAAUAACUUAACAGGAAAAGUGAAUCGAAAGACUCAUCGAAUUGUACAAAUACUGAUAACUUUAGCUGAAAUAUAUUCCUAAUAACAUAUAUACAUACGUAUGGUUAUGUAUAUGUACCGAUAUAGAUAUGUAAUAGUAUAUUAUAUAUCAUGCAGUAAAACUCGUCCUAUUAUAUUUAAGUAUUAAAAUAUUUGUAAUUUUUGUUUUCAAUUACAUAUAAAUAAAUACAACUUUUAAAAUAA